AUGCUCCUCCGCUCACAGCCGAUGAGGAUGGAAAAGCGGUCUCACAGCUCCUCCAGGGAGUCCCACAGGAGGAACAGAGAGCCCGCAGACUCACAGGGCAGGAGAGAGAAGGUGGAGAGCAGAAGAGGAGCCAGCAAGGACAGAGAUGGGCUCAAGAGGGGGAAAGCCAAAGAGGGGAAGAGCCCCACAGAGACAGACAGCAGGGUGCUGAGCUCCACGGUGGUGGACGUGGACGAUGUGGUGUCUUUCGACGAGGAAACAGAGGUGAUGGCACUGCUGGAAAGCGAGCGGCAAGAGGAAGGGAUGACAUCUCCCAGUCGAGGUAUCUGUGAAUGGCUUCUUACCAUCUUGUCCCUUCUCUUCAUCAUAUUGACCUUCCCCGUUUCUGUCUGGUUCUGCAUGAAGAUUGUGCGGGAAUACGAGAGAGCCAUCGUGUUCCGACUUGGGCGCCUCCUUCCUGGAAGGCCCCGAGGGCCCGGCCUUUUCUUCUUCCUUCCCUGUCUGGAUACAUACCACAAGGUAGACCGUCGCCUCAAAACCCUAGAGAUCCCCUUCCAUGAGGUGGUGACCAAAGACAUGGUUACUAUGGAAAUAGAUGCUGUUUGCUACUACCGGAUGGAAAAUGCCUCUCUCCUCCUAACCAGUGUGGCCAACCUCUCCAGCGCUGUCCAGCUGCUGGUGCAGACAACCAUGAAGCGCUUGCUGGCCCAUCGAUCCUUCAGUGAAAUCCUCCUGGAGAGGAAGAGCAUUGGCCAGGAAAUGAAGGUUGCCUUGGAUGCAGUCACAUGUCGCUGGGGAAUCAAGGUGGAGAGAACAGAAAUCAACCAUGUGCGGCUGCCAGCUGAACUGCAGCAGUCCCUGGCAGUGGAAGCAGAGGCCCAGAGACAGGCCAAAGUGCGGGUGAUCGCAGCCGAGGGGGAGAAGGCUGCCUCCGAAUCCUUGAAGAUGGCAGCCGAUAUCUUAGCCAGUUCCCCAGCUGCUGUCCAGCUCCGUUACCUGCACAUGCUGCAAUGCCUGUCUGCCGAGAAACCUUCCACUAUCGUCCUCCCUUUGCCCUUUGACCUAAUGAAUCUUGCAUCUGCGGCUAGCCACAACUCCACGGGCAGCAGCCUUCCCACCAGCGCUCCCAAUCACCCUGAGGCUCCAAAGGACAAGAAGGACUCCCCCAUGCUAUAGAGCCAUGCCAGGGGAAGCUGGCACUCAGGCGGGGCUGCCAUGCUGAUGAACACCUUCUACCAGGUCACUUAGCUUCAAACAAGCGCCAUGGACUGGCCUGCACCAUACCAGCCCCCCAGCAUGAACUGUGGAGGGGUUGGGAUGGGAAACGAGCAGGGGCCUGUGAUAUAAAGUGGGCUGGACACAGACGUUUGAGUUUGCUUUGAAGAAACAUUCCAGCUCAUCCCAUGUGUGGGGUGCAGGAAUGGCACACCCUCUGCGUCUCACCAUUUCAUUGCUCCUUUCACCCUGCUGUGCUGAGGAGCAGAGGGGUGCUAUAACUGCUUCUCCCAGCCCCAGAGCUGGAGCCCUAGAGAUGGCCUCUAUCGUUCCAGUUAGGCUGGCUGGAUAGACUAGGAAUGUUUUUAUUAAGGCCCAAAAUAUCAACCUCUCUCUUCCCAACCCCCACAACAUGAUCUGGCUGGAAUCAUGUGCACUGCAGAAGCCCGGUGCCCAGGAGAAGUGAGGAGGCCCAAAGGGGCACCCCGCUGUAACAUAUCAGUCAGAGGCUGUGCAUUAUCCAGGACUCCAUACGCUUGGGCAGCGCUUGAGAUCUUUCUGCUGUGUCACUCAUUGCGAGGUGGGCAUCUCCUCAAAGAAGGGUGGCUGGUAAGAAGCGCUGGCCCAGGUACAUGAGACCUCAUGAGUGAACCCCUCUGGAGACAGGUUUCGCUACCUUCACCCCUCCCUGGGUGGAACUCCCAUGGUGUUGGGCUGAUCCCUUGACUGGGUUUCUGGGCUGCAGCCCCCUGCCUCCCAAUCAUAGCUGGCCCAGCUGGGCUGGGCCCCUGUAAACCCUUUGCCUCCAGAAGCCUGGGGCAUCAGCUGACUAAAGUGACGGAAAACAAGGGCUUCAGACUUACAUAUUAAUCAUUCACCGAGCCAAGGGAUCACACGAUACAGGUCUAGCCCCACCUUCCCUCUCUCUUACACCUUCAGCUUCCCUUGCAGCCUUUGGCAAGGUCCUCUCACCCACUUACCUUCAUCUCCAGCUGGAACAGCCUGCCUGCUGCAGGUGCUCCCUCAAUCAGUGUGUCUCUGGUAGUGUCCCCCACGCAGGCAGCUGAUGAUGACCCACCUCCCAAAACCAGGGGAGGAGCUUUAUAGCUGGUCCUGGUCUUUUACAGCGCUAGGCUUUCACCCCCGACACCUCCUCUGCCUGCCGCCUGGAGAACAGCAUCUUCCCACGUAAUAGCCUCAACCAGUGUCAUCUUAGCUCCUUUGAAGCUGUUUCCCCCAGGUGGCUUAUCCCAACUAUUGCUUCAUUUCCUGCUUGUUUACCCCAAUAGCCCCCUUUGGCUGUACCGCAGACAGAUGGGCAGGCUAAUGCCAACCAGGUAAACUGAGGCACAUAGGGUGCUCAUGAAAGCUAAUACCAAUAGCUCCUGCAUUCUCCACCUGUGCAGCCGAAGCAUUGACUGCAAAGGGCAAAUUAGGGCUGGAGCAGUAAGUGGGCAGCCCCUGGGGAAUAGUGUUCCCCGAGAUCUGUCACUCACCAGCUGUUGGAUUCUGGGCUGAGGUAGCUGAGCCAGGGAGAGCAAACGGGCAGCACAGCAGAAAGCAAGGUGGGGUCCUUGUUGUUCCAGCUCCUUUCUCUGUGUUAAUCUCAAUUGUUAAUGAGCUCCAGCAGCAGCCCAGUGGCCUGGUGCUGCCCAAGGGUUGAGUGGGAGGGGCUGGAGGCC